AUGGAGGUGCCGUGGCUGUGGCGCUUCCGUGGUCCAAGUUGGACCGCAGAAGCCUGGCCCUCGGGCUUCGUAGUUGCGGUGGCUACUACUGCACUGCGGAAUCCUGGCCACAAGCUCUAUGAUCGUUUCCCAAGUAUUGGGAGGUUUUGGCUCUUCUUAAAUGUUUCUGGGUUUGAUGGGUAUCAGCAACGGACGUCGUCAGUCAUCUGUGUCUGGUUGUCAUCAUUGUCAGGGAAAGCUGAAUGGACCGAGGAGGAGGACGAGAUUAUAAUUAAGGCCCAUAUAGAAUUAAGAAAUAAAUGGGUAGAGAUUGCAAAGAUGAUGAAUGAAAGAACUACAAAUUUCAUAAAGAACUACUGGAAUGGAAUCAAAAGAAGGGAAUUAUCAAGCUUGAUUGAAACAUCAAACAUUGCAGAUAAUGAAAGUCAUGUAUGCACCAAUGCCAACAUGCAAACUCGUAAUGUCAUGACCGGACCGUCAAUUCAGUUUGCAAAGAGUGCUGAAUUUUUUGCAAGUGAUGGCUUAGUGCCCAAUUAUGUUUCUAGCAACAUUUCAAAUUUAUAUUUCACCAAUACGAUGAUGUUUCCUGAGAAUUACAGUCUUAUGUCUAUAUCUGAUGAGAUUCUGGACACAUCUGUUGUUGAUGAUACAAAAUUUGGAGAUGGAAAUGCCAUUGGAUAG